CAAGGACUCUCUGGGGUGUUCUAUUGAGACGACCGGAAAAAGUCUGAACCCAAGACAUAGUUAGGCUAGAUGAACCUUGUCCAGCAUCAUUGUCUGAACCAACCCAGACGAAUCCUCUAUUUUAGGCAGGCGGUGAUCAUAGGAGAGGACAAUCCGAGCCAGCGUGAAACAACAACAACAAAAGGAACUUAUCGCCAGAUCUGUUUGUCUGGUUUGUUCUCAUUAUUUGUCCCCCGCAACCAUCCUUUAUCACCACCAACCCCCCGGUCUCUUUCAGAUCGCAGUGCAUGCCAGACCUCACGAUCAUGACUAUAUAAAGAUCACGACGUCUACGCAUUGUCCUUGGCUGUCUCACUCAAACUCACCUUACCCGGAUCGUAUUCACGCACCGCCUCGACCCCAACAACUCCGUCAACAGCCGGACAACCAGAGCAGAACAGGCAAAAGCAAAAGCAGAAGCAGAAGCGCAAGGAUGGAAUACCUUCCAGACUCAAUCACGCAACACCUAACCACCACCUCCUUCUCGGCCCUCACCACCCACCUCAACACAUCCUACCUGACCCCGGCGCUCGCGCAUGUCCGCUCCGCCUACAUCGACCCCUACCUCGUGCGCCCGGCCGCCAGCUACCUCGCUUCUUCGGGCGGCGCCAUGCCCGACCUCAUCUCCGUCGCCCUCCUUCUGGUAAUCCUGUUCCUUUCGCUCAAGGUGCUCGACUACGCACGCCGCGUCGUCAUGUUCUGGGUCGGCCUCGCGUGGUGGCUGCUCUGGUGGGCCACCGUCAUCGGCGUCGGCGUCUGGCUGUAUACCAGCGGCGUCGAGCAUGCGGCUCGCGAUGUCGGGUGGUUGGUUGGCCUUGCGCGGGGAUUUCUGGGUAGGGUGUUUGAGGAUAUGGAGCGUGCGGGACGGCAGCAGCAGCAGCAGCAACAGGGGGGACGGGUUUUUGGGGGGAAUAAUGCUGGAUUUGGCGCGGGUGCUAGGGGUCAGCAGGUUCCUCUGGGGAGGUAUUGACCCUCCCGAGAAUCCCGCUCUCUGUUCUGUUGGUGCCCUUGGUAUGUUGGUAAAGUUGGGCGUUGGCCGUGAAGUGAAGUCAAGUGAGCCAGCCAGUGUAUGCUGUGGUUAUUUAUAGUAUACUAUGUGCGUGUGGCUUGCGCUUCGUGCUGGAUUUUGCCUUGCUUAGGAUAGAUUUCUUUGAAUCAUUAUUUU